AUGAUCGGUACGGGGCCCGUGCGCCACAUCAUUGCAAGCCGCCAGCCCAGAUUGCACUUCCCACCAUCACAUUCGCUGAGGACCCUCCUGGCCCUAUUUUCAAGGAGAAUUGCGGGAGAAAUUGCAAAAAGAUUCUGCAAAGAGCCGUGGCUCCGUGACCGCAGUGAUAAUGGAGACGACUUCAGGGACAAAAGCGAUCCGAGUCGUGAAAAUCAUGACAGCCGUUUCCGCGAGGGCACGGAUUGUUAUAAUGGAGAGUUCACCGGUGAGCUUUGCGUCUCCUUUGGCUGUAAGGGCGGAGACCGCUUCGACAGCCGAUGUGUCGGCCCUGGAUGCCCAAUUUUACUUGCCCAGGGGACGACUCCAAGAGUGAACGCUGUGUUAGCCGAAAAUAUAGCUAAAGUGCCGGAUGCAGCAGGAAAAGCUGCAGGCUCGAGAGCAAAUGCAUAG